AUGGCAAACGUGGAUGCGGCGCUUUUGGAGCUUGCCGUUGCAUGCAGAGUACCGCAGGAGUUCCACUUCGUGCUGGAUGGUUAUGACGUGCCGCUGUUUGGUUGCCUAGCAGCCUCACACUCGGAAGUGGAUGCCUCAAUCGAGAUACUGCUGGAGGGGGCCGCCUUGCCUGCGGAAUCCACCGAGAAACUACGUCUUAUGUCAUCCUUCCGCCUGCUGUUUCAGAAGUGUCAGUCUGUGACAGCAACUGGUUCGAAUGCGGGGAGUGCGGCCCACGCAAGCAUGACAUCCAAUGCAGCUUCAUGGGUAGACUCUUUCCCGGCUAAAUUGACAGGUGAGGAGGUGGUGAAACUCCGCCUUGAGUUCGAGGCUUCGUACCCAGGAGAGGUCUUGGAUGCGGAUAACACCCCAGGUCACCGGCUCUUAGCGUUGGCCGCAAAGCUUGUUAAACCAGGUGAGAUGCGGUGGGUGGCUUGGAAACAUCGGAUGAGCAAAUCCCAAGAGGAGUCUUUCGCUCUGCGCAGGCCGGCAAAAAUCCCGAGGUUGGAAGAGCUGGUGUACGACGAGAUACCUUCAAGAGAGCUACCUCAAGGCCAAGUCGGCAUGACCUUCCUGCAGGGCAUCUUGGGUCUUUUGUGCAUAUCACUCGCCUUCGUUAAGGGGGCUCACCUUCAGAGCCUGCGGCUUUACGAGCGCAAGUUCAUCCGCCUGGCCUGCCAGCGGCAUGAGGCAUCUUCGGGGCUCCGAAGCCCGAAUAUGGAGGAGCUUCAGGCGGCAGACAAGCACAUUUGGGGCUUGAUCGCGGAUUUGGUCAAUGUCCACAAGUGGAGCCUGAAUGAUGCACUGACGGAGGUAGUGCAAGUUCGCGGUGACUUGGCUGCCAUGUUGCAGCCUCGCAGCCAAAUCUUGAAGAUCAACAGGCAGCCUUUCAAAGGCAAUGGCAAGGGGAAAGACUCCCCGGGUGGUAAGAACGGCAAGGGCAACAAGGGCAAUGGCACCAACAGUCAACGCUGGAUGCUUUCUUACACGGACUCCAAGGGUCAACGCAAACAAUUGUCACAGUCGGUGGCGGAACACUCCGAUGUGCGGACUGGUCGAUCCAGCGAACUUCCGUCGCCGACUUCAGCGGAUUUUUCUUGGGAAGCUUGCUUGGCUAUCCUGCAGACUCACUGUUUGGGUGAUGCUCCUCUCUACCGAGAUACAGUUCUUGCAGGUGCGCGAUCUCGAGCACAAUAUUUCAAUUUUGGGGCGAGAGCGGGCUCCAAUGCGGGGCUUUGCAAAGGCACAGCAGAAAACGCAGAAUUCGUUGAGUACCUGAACAUUUUCCUUCGGCAGAUUUUUCCAGACGGCACAUGGUCCAGUUUUUGUGUCAGUCACAAUGAGUUCGCUCACAUCCACGUGGAUAAGAGCCUUCCGGGAUCUUUGAAUUAUUCAUUCAGUGUUGGAGCUUUUGAGAAAGGCGGUUUGUGGGUGGCUUUGCCGCCAGACGAACUUCCUCACCUUCCGCGAGUGCCUCCGCCGGACACAUCAGCUGAUGCCUCGCUGUUGGGUUGCAUAAUUCAGACCAGGAGGUGUGGUUUUUCUUGGGAUGGCCGCAUUGCUCAUUGUUCGGAGCCAUGGGUUGGUGACAGAUGGGUCGUGACGGCCUAUACUUCUUGCACUUGGGGCUCAAUGCCGGAACCGGAUCUUCGCUCUUUACGUGAUCUUACGUUUCCGCUACCAGGCGACGCCAUGGUGAUCGACGAGGCGGAGUGUGAGUCUCGGGCUGCCAAAAUUGACCAGGCACAGCUGCGGCUACCAGUGGCAAUCAUGCCUCCCGACCUUGAUGCAAUCCGCGGAAAUCUUUUUCUGGAGAUCUGUUCUGGGCCAAAUCGGCCUCUGUCUGCUGCCCUCCUGGCGAAAGGUGUUUCAGUGCUUUCGAUCGACAUUCUUUUGCAUGAAGAUCACAACUUGUUGAAUGACUCCACUUAUGACAGCCUCAUGCGGCUAUGCUACAGCGGACAGGUGAAUCUGGCACACGCCUCUCCACCUUGCACGGAGUACUCCAGGCUCAAGCUCCGGGCAGAUGGUGGCCCCAGGGCGCUUCGCACUCCAGAACACAUGUCUGGCGUUCCUGAUUUGAGUCCGUCAGAGCGGCAACGUCUGGAGCAAAGUAAAAGAGUGCUGGUUCGUACAAUCAAUUUGCUGCUGGCAACAUACUGUGCUGGAGGGCAUGUUAGUCUGGAAAACCCUUUGUACAGCAUGGCAUGGUUGGAGCAGGAAGUCCGAGAAUUUCUGCAACACAUCAACGCGGACCUGAACUGUGUGGCUGCUUGUGGCUACGGUAUGGAUGUACUGAAGCAGUGGUGUUUCGCAUGCAGUUUUCGGGAUCUCCAGCAGAUUGCAUGUAGUUGUCAACACGAUCCUCAGUCGCAUGCACAGGUGGCAGGGAUUGUGGACAAAGACGGCGUUUACGCUUCAAGAGCUACAUCGGAGUUUCCGGUACAGCUCGCACAGGCCUAUGCAGAAGCUGUUCUUCCUUUGUUCGAGACCUCGAGCAAGCCAUACACCAUUUCUCUUGAACAGGUUAGGUUUCUUCGAACUCACAAAACCAAGGAGGAACUUCCCCGAAGCACACAGGACGGAGGUGGGAUCUACUCCAUGCCGGAUUGGAGUUUUCCUCCGAGCGGCUGCAAGGACCUCCUAGGGGGAGUGCGUAAGCAGCUUGUGGAGUACCUUUUCCACAUCAGGGCCCCAUUGCGAUUGCGAGCCCAUGUGGAGUCCGAAAAAGCAUCUCGGCUCAUCCAAAGGAUAGCUGACGGCGACAAGGGCCGGUGUAGGAUUGCUGGCUUCUCGGACGCUGUGGUUGGUGUUUUGGGGUUCGGCUUUGUUCUUCGUUCAGGGACUUGGGCACAUGCCCCCAUGGCUGCAGCUACUGCUAUGGACCUGUGCCCUCCGCGAGGGCACAACAAGAUUUCGAAAACGGCCUGGUGGAGGCACCAAGAUCUGCUGCAUAAAUGCAUUUCUGACCUUGCUAUGGAACUGCUGUGUGAGAAGUGGAGAGAGCUCCCGCCCUCAGCCAAGCAAUCCUUGCAAAAUCUGUAUGGAAGCAGCUGGCUUUGGGAAGCUCCUUUCAGUAUCUGGAUGGAUUGCUGGACACUGUUACAACCUAACCAACGUGUUCGGCUUAUUUCCAACACCUACUUUCUCAAUGAAGAGUUUGCCCACUGCAUGGUUGAAUGCGCGUACGCAGCACAGAUUGGAAAGAUUGAUGAUCUUGCUAACAUGGAUUAG